AGCACGUGCAUGUGAAUGAAUAUUUAGGAAGCUUUCAUAAGAGUGUGAAAAUCUGUAGAGACACGUGGUGGCGCUGCAGGAUAACAUCUCAAGAAAGAAUUAUAGUGAAGGAUGUGGAAACUUACCCUGUGCACACAGAGAAUUGGAGAAGACAGAAAAAACAAGUCCUCAAACGGAAUUAGAAGUCAUUCGACAGGGUUAAAAAUCCUUAGGCUUCCGAGGAUUUUGUGGACAGCUCAAAAGGCACUUUAUCUAGAACUGCAUCGUGGAGCCAAAGCCAUUGUGCAGGAAGCCUUCGGCAAAGGAGCUAUGGAGAACAGAGCCGAAGGCACUCUGAAGACAAGGCAAGUCCUGCUUCUCUUUAUUUUAUUGGGAAUAUCUCAGGCGGACCCUGAGCCUGGGAGUUUUUCAGUGGAGGAGGAAAUGCAGAUCGGGGCCAUUGUAGGCAAUUUGGCAAAAGAUCUAGGACUGCAGGAGGGUGAGCUGUCCUUACGGGGGGCUCAGGUGGUCUCUAAUGAUAACAGACAGCCUUUGAAGCUGGAUAUAAAUACCGGGGAUUUGCUCUUAGUGGAAACGCUAGACCGGGAAGAGCUCUGUGGCUCCACCGAGCCCUGUGUCCUGCAUUUCCAGGUGUUAAUGAAAAACCCUUUGCAGAUUUUUCAAAUUGAACUUCAGGUCAGGGAUAUAAAUGACCACUCUCCCAUCUUCUUGGAGAAAGAAAUACUCCUAGAAAUCCCAGAGAAUAGUCCUGUUGGUGCUGUGUUCUUAGUAGAAAGUGCAAAAGAUUUAGAUGUAGGAACCAAUGCCGUAAAAAAAUACAUAAUAAGCACUAACUCUCAUUUCCACACUGAAAUGAGGGUCUAUCCAGACAAUCAGAAAUACCCGGAGUUAAUUUUGGACAAGGCGCUGGAUUAUGAAGAGCAGCCAGAGCUCAGCUUCAUCCUUACUGCGCUGGACGGUGGGUCCCCACCCAGAUCCGGGACCGUGUUGGUUCGCGUGGUGGUGGUAGAUAUUAAUGAUAACUCCCCAGAGUUUGAGCAUCCAUUUUACGAGGUAAAGAUUCCUGAGAACAGUAUCCUAGGUUCACUGCUUGUCACUGUCUCAGCUUGGGAUAUAGACUCUGGAAUAAAUGCGGAAAUAACAUAUACAUUUUCGCAUGCAUCAGAAGAUAUUCAAAAAACAUAUGAAGUCAAUCAAAAGUCUGGAGAAGUUAGUUUAACGGCACCCUUGGAUUUUGAAACAAUUGAAUCAUACUCUAUAAUAGUUCAAGCUACGGAUGGGGGAGGACUUUUUGGAAAAUCUACACUCAGAAUUGAGGUCAUAGAUGUGAAUGACAAUGCGCCAGAAAUUGCUGUGUCUUCAAUUACGAAUCCAAUCCCAGAAAAUUCACCUGAGACUGUAGUUAUAGUUUUCAGUGUCCGAGACAGAGACUCUGGGGAAAAUGGGAGAAUGCUAUGUUCUGUCCCGGAAGACCUACCAUUCGUGCUGAAAACUUCGGUUAAGAAUUAUUACACUCUAGAAACAGAGAAAACACUGGACAGAGAGACCAGGGCCGAGUACAACAUCACUAUCAUCGUCACCGACUUGGGCACACCCAGGCUCCAAACCCAGCACAACAUCACAGUGCUGGUCUCCGACGUCAACGACAACGCCCCGACCUUCACC